AUGAUUAGAUUUCUAAUCCUAAUUUUUCACUUUUAAUCUAUUUUUACUCUCCAAAUUUUGGAAAUCGAUGUCAGACAAGGCCAGACGAAAUUCAAUCUGACCCAAAAAAGGUUGAAUUCAACCUUCCAAUUAAAAAUAUUAAAAGAGGAAUCAUCCAAAUACCUGUUAAUUGAACUAUUUGUCACACAUCGUUCCAGAUCAUCUCCAAACUUGUUGUUAUUACAAUCCUAUGGACAAGCUCCCUUCUACGAUUUACAAUCACCCAAAAAAAGAAUACUUUGCGAUCACUAUGAUAUAAAUGGGUAUAUGCAUAUGAGAUAUUAAGUAGACAAUAAUAAUCAAAAAAAUAUCACUAUUUACAAUUAAACUUAGAUUAGCACAGUGACUCAGAAUCCUAUUUGACAAUAUUAACCAACAAAACGUAGAAUUACGAGUUAGUUUUUACAGCGUCACACAUCAUGUAAUGUCCUAAUAAUUGUACCCGAAAUGGGUAAUGCAUAGUAAGUUUUAAUACUAUAACGCAAGAAUGGCACAUGCCGAUGCAAUUAAGGAUUCUUAGAUGAGGACUGCUCUCAAUCAGCUCAACAGUUUUUACCAUUUACAAUUUAGAACAUUUCGAUAUUAGCUUAAUAAUAUAUUUAUACAACUUUCAAUGCCUCUUCUAAUUAUAGUCUGAGCCUUGCUUUUGAAACAGAAAACACUAUUAAAUCCAAAAUCAAAAUACAAAUGCUGGUUUCGUAAAGAUAUAACCUACCCUGCGAUAUCAACAAUAGCUAUAAUCACACUCUUUGGGAUUCCAAAAGAGUUGACAUAAGACUAUUGCAAGAACCUCAAUUGGAGACUACUUUAGGUUAGCAGCCUCCUCAAAAUCUAUUGAUCAUCAAAUUACAAUCCGAAGAAGAAAUUAAUUUCAAAUUGUCAAUAGACUUUUAAAUACACUACCUCUAAGAUGAGGAGGAGAUGGCUACGAUCAUAUUGGUAGUUACUUUUAUAUUCAUUCUAAUUGUGGCUAUGAUGUUCAUAUAUUGGUAUUGUUUAAGGAGAAGAAACCGGAAUUCUUUAACUUCCGACUCAUACCAGACUCCCUCCUUAGAGGAUAUGCAACUCAUUCAUUAAUGUUCUAUUUGUCUAGUAGAUUUCACUCAAGAAACAUAACUACAAUGUGUUAAGACAGAUUGCCAACAUAUUUUUCAUAAGGAAUGCUUGAGUAAAUGGCAAGGACAUCAGGUUACCUGUCCAAUGUGCAGAAAACCACUCAUAUGA